AUGGCGAAAGUAAUGGUGACAGGUGCGAGCAGUGGGCUGGGUGCUGAGAUUGCAAAACGGUUUGCUCAACGCGGAGAUCACUUGGUUGUUGUUGCGCGACGCCAGUCGCUGCUUGAAAACCUGCAGGCGGAGCUUCUCGCCUGCGGUGCAGCAGGUGCCGAAUAUCGAGCCGUCGAUCUCGCGGAUGCAGAGCAGGUACAGAACCUCGCUGAUGACUUACCGGCGCUUGGAAUCGAAGUGUUGAUCAACAAUGCAGCCCUUGGUCACUGGGAUUACACGUGGGAUACAACGCCUGACACCAUGCGCUCGAUGAUUGCCGUCAACGUGAGCGCUGUGGCUGUACUCUCAACGGCCUUCAGUCAGUUGCGACAUCAACAGGCGGCGCGGCUCAUGAACGUGGCGUCUGGGGCCGGUUAUGCAUUAUUUGAAAGCGCAAUUCCCUACUCAGCGACUAAGUUUUUUGUUACGGCGUUAACAGAAGGUCUUAGUCGAGAACUUGCCAGCCAGAAUCACCCCAUGCGUGCACAGCUGCUCGCGCCGGGACCAAUCGCCACCGAGUUUACAGCGAACUCUCUUGAGGGCUCGAAGAUGGUUUUCGCAGAAGGCGAUAUGGCAGGUAUUCAGUUCCAUACCGCAGAAGAAGUUGCGGAGCUUGCGAUGCAACUCUAUGACAGCGACGCAAUGGUUGGUGCUGUGCAACCUGACAUGACGUUUAAGCUGAGCGAUGGGUUGCACACGGAACCAGCCAUGUUGACCAUAGGGCAAACCUACACCUUGCGCGUGUUAAAAAUGACAGAGCAGGGCGCCUAUGUAGACGGAGAGAAUCUGGGCGAAAUCCUGCUGCCAACAAAGUUCUGCCCGCCUGACCUGGCGGUAGACAGUUCCCUACCCGUCUUCGUUUACCAGGAUUCUGAAACCCGCCUCAUCGUCACGACGCAAAUUCCCAAGGUACAGGUCGGGCAGUUCGCCUACCUGGAAGCUGUUGCAAACACCGACUUCGGCACGUUCAUGGACUGGGGUCUGGACAAAGAUUUACUGACGCCUUUUGGUGAGCAGCACAGACGGAUGGAGGUGGGCCAUUCCUAUCUCGUCUACGUCUACUUGAAUAGUGCUGAUGGCAGAAUUACCGCUUCAUCCAAAAUCGAUAAAUUCCUCGACGAUGAAGCGACUCACGACUUCGCAGCCGGUCAGCAGGUUGACCUCAUCAUUGCAAACAGUACUGAUCUGGGGUUUAAGGCGAUUAUCAAUCACAGCCAUUGGGGCCUUUUGUACAAAGAUGAGGUCAAUGAAAGGCUUAGUUUUGGCCAGUCGAGACGUGGUUUUGUUAAAUUUGUGCGAGCUGACGGCAAGAUUGACCUCGCUCUGAAGCAGGAACAGGAAACACGCGACCAACACGCCAUGACUGUUCUCAAUUACCUUAAGGCGCACGAUGGCUUUGCGGCUGUUCACGACAAAUCGGAUCCUGCGAUAAUGCAGAAGCUGUUUGGGUGUUUUGGCUGCAUCCAACAGGGGCGGACCGGACUCUACUUGACACUAUCUUGCCUCCCCAAGCCCGAUCCUCCUCGCAGCCUCCUAAAGCGCAAAAUUAUCCUGCAAUUAUUCUUCAAGCCUUCUGGUCGCCGGAACCGUCAUAAUGGUCGGCAACAUUGCAAUCAACUGGGGAGAGUUUUCAUGGACAUUACGGGUAAGUUAGCGGUAGUCACGGGCGCUGGUUCCGGCAUUGGCCGCGCGCUGGCCAUCAGUCUCGCGCAGCACGGCGCCCGCGGGGUGGUGUGCACGGAUCUUAAUGGCGAGAACGCCGCAGCCACCGCUGAAAUGAUUGGUGAUGUGGCAACCGCACAACCUCUGGACGUCGCUGACGAAGCUGCCAUCGAACAGCUCGUGCAGGAGGUUGAGCAGCAGCAGGGCGGCAUUGACCUGUUUGUUUCCAACGCCGGCUAUGGACGUCGAGGCGGGCUGGACCUGUCUACAACAGAGUGGCAGCGCAUGAUGAAUGUACACACCUGGUCUCAUCUGGCGGCGGCCCGGGCGGUGAUGCCGGGGAUGGUGGCCCGAGGCGAAGGCUACUUUUUGAAUACCGCUUCCGCUGCGGGUUUGUUGACACAAAUAGAUUCAGGCCCCUACGCGGUGUCGAAACAUGCCGCCGUGGCGUUUGCCGAAUGGCUGCUCAUCAACUAUGCAGAUCAGGGUAUUGGCGUGUCAGUGCUGUGUCCCCAGGCUGUACGCACCAACAUCCUUGGGCCAAAUGCGCUGAAAGGGGGUUCAUCCAACUCCCGUCAGGCCGCUGCAGACGGUAUUUUAGAACCCGACUUUGUUGCGCAGGCCUGCAUUGAGGCGGUGCAGGCAGAGCGUUUUCUUGUGCUGCCACACCCGGAGGUAGAGACUUACUUUCAGCGUAAAGCCAACGACUACGAUCGGUGGCUGUCCGGGAUGCGGCGUUUUCGUCAGCGCUUGCUGGCGCGUUGA